AUGAGAUAUUUAACAAGAGAUAUAAUAACUUCUAAUAUAACAGAAGACAUUGCCACUGCCGCAGCACAAAUCAGUAACUUAUGCGUUGACAUCAAACAGGGUUGGAGGUUUUUUAUAUUUUUUAUUCCACUCAUAAUUUUAUUUCUAAUUUGUAUAAUUGGAUUUACCUACUAUUGUUUUUUCGGAUGGGAUGAAUUUAAAAUGUGUAUAUUAUGUAUGAUAUGCCCAGAGAGAAAUAUAUCGGAUGAAGAAUCUGAUGAAGAA